AUUAGGUUCAAGGAUGCAGUAGGGCGUAAAUUCAGCUUUCCUUUCCAUUUGUGCAAGUCAUGGGGUGGCAUGUCGGACCUUAUCAGGCAAGCAUUCAUCCAUAUCAGCGCUCUUAGACCGCAUGUUUUCAAUGGAUACUAUGAUCUUGUCGGUCCGGAUGGCUCGAUCAUCCUUCCGCAAACAUGGGAGACUGUAAUUCAGCCU